AUGCCAACCCCCCCUGAAGCAGGCGAAGCAACGCCAUUACUUGAACCGCCAUUGCCAGAACUGCCACCGGGGACGCCUAAACCUCACCCACACAACCACAAACGCUUCCUCCUGAUAUGCCUCUUUGGAAUUCUCUUUAUUCUUGGCUUCCACCUCACGUUUCUCGAGCGUACUUCCUUUAGCCGUGACUUGAAGCGAUUCCAUGGCGACAGGCUCAGUUUUGCCGAGGUGCAAAGGGUAUACUUGAACCAGUUAUCCGAGACAAACCACGCCAGAAGGUGGCUUGAGGAGUACACCAGGGGCCCUCAUUUGGCCGGUAACAUUCAAAUGGCGGAGUUCACCGAAGAGAAGUUCCGGAAGUACGGCUUAGACGUAACACGAAAGAGCUACAAUGUGUGGACGAGUCACCACGUCGCAAACCACCUCAAGUUGGUGGAUCAGAAGGGUAGAGUAUUGGAGGAUCUUAAUUUGAAGGAGGAUACGCUACCUGAAGAUGAAACUUCUAGACGGAAGGAUGGCAUCCCCGGCCACCACGGGUACUCUGCUAGCGGCAAUGUCACCGGGAAGUACAUUUUCGCCAACUACUGCAUGCUAGAAGACUUUGAAUUAUUACUAGCUCAUGGAAUUCAAAUCAGCCAAAGGAUUGUUAUCUGUCGCUAUGGGGGGAUCUUCCGCGGGUUGAAGGUGAAAAACGCGGAGUUGUACGGGGCAAUCGGCGUGGUUCUUUAUUCUGAUCCGGGCGAUGAUGGGGACAUGACGGUGAAAAAUGGAUUCAAACCGUAUCCAUACGGCCCGGCGCGAAACCCUAGCUCCAUCCAACGAGGCUCCGUUAUGUAUUUCACCGACCAACCUGGCGCUCCGUCCAAUCUGUCAAGUCCGCUCCUUCCUAAGAUUCCGUCUUUACCCAUAAGCUACGAGGCCAUAGAGCCGAUUUUGCGCACCCUCAACAACAACUCAAUGCCUGGAUGGAGCGGUAAUCUUGAAUCGUUUGAUUAUUCUCCCGGUCCCUCCAUCGACACUGAACUCAACUUGUACAACGAACAAAGUAACUACGUGGACCAAGUGCAUAAUAUAAUAGGGAAAAUCCACGGGAUUAUAUCGGAUGAGGAGAUUGUGAUUGGGAACCACAGAGACUCGUGGACUACUGGCGGUGCUGGAGACCCCAACUCUGGUUCUGCCAUCAUGAUAGAGAUUAUCCGAGUGUACGGAAGGUUGCUUAAGAAGGGUUGGAAGCCGCUUAGAACGAUCACGUUUGCGUCAUGGGAUGGCGAGGAAAUGGGAAUGCUAGGUUCCACUGCGUAUGCAGAGGAUGAAGCCGCCAAGCUCCAAGGGACAGCGGUUUGUUACUUGAAUCUUGAUGUGGGGGUGAUAGGGUCGUACUUCAUGGCGAAUGGCCAUCCGUUGCUCAAAGAAACGUUGGUGGAAACUGCAAAGAAGGUGUCUUUCAACGGGCAAAGGAUCAGUUUGGCUCAAUAUUGGAAAAACCAGUCGAGCAACGGUGAAGUGGGGUUGUUAGGGUCUGGGUCCGAUUUUACCUCAUUCCAGCACCACCUUGGAAUUCCCUCUGUGGAUAUGCGGUUUGCGAAUUCAGAAACCGAUGCGGUGUUCCACGACCAUUCGAACUAUGACUCUAUCCACUGGAUGGAUACGUUUGUCGAUCCGGAGUACCGCUACCACAACACCAUGGCGAAAUAUUUGGGGAUGGUGGCGAUUCAAUUAUCAGAAAAUGAGGUGACGUACAUGCGGACCGCAGACUACGCGGCAAAGCUAUAUGAAUACUACCAAAGCUUGGAACUUCUCCAUCCAUGGCUCACCAACCCGCGUGAUUUCAAUGGAUUUAUUGUUUUCUCAGAUGUAUCGAAACACCUCCGGCAGAGAUUGAACGAUUUCCAUGCCACUGCCACGUCGUUUGAUGCGUACCUCGGAGAUCUUCAGAGGGAAGUAACACAGGACUACGCUUGGUUCCACUUCUAUUACAAGAUCAAACUUGCAUUCCGGAUCAAGCGUGCGAACCGGAUACUAUUGGCCCUCGAUAAGGCGUUCUUGUACGAGGAAGGGUUAACCGCGAGGCCAUGGAUGAAGCACGCGGUGUAUGCCCCCCACAGAGAAGAAGGAUAUCCCGGUGAUGUAUUCCCGGGUUUGUCCGAAGCUUUGCGGGAUCAGGAUUACGAUGCAGCCGUGAGAUGGAUGUUCAUCCUUAUCGGUCAGGUGAAUGCUGCUAUCGCCAUUCUACUGUGA